GCCCGGCGGGUUCGCUUCCGGCUCCGUCCGGGGGCCCUGUCUGUGGCGCUGCUGCCGAGGGGAGCGCGGGGCUCAUGGAGCCGUGGCUGUGAGGCGCCCCCGGCCCGGGCCCAUUGUGGGAGCCGGGCGGAGGCCGGAGCCGGGAGCAGCUGAAGCCGGAGCCGGAGGAGAUGGACAAAUUGACCAUCAUCUCAGGAUGCCUCUUCCUGGCCGCCGACAUCUUCGCCAUCGCCAGCCUGGCGAACCCGGACUGGAUCAACACCGGCGAGUCUGCGGGUGCUCUCACAGUUGGCCUUGUGCGACAGUGUCAAACCAUCCAUGGACGUGACAGGACCUGUAUUCCUCCACGGCUGCCUCCUGAGUGGGUCACUACGUUAUUUUUCAUCAUUAUGGGAAUCAUUUCACUAACUGUCACAUGUGGUUUGCUGGUGGCUUCCCACUGGCGAAGAGAAGCUACUAAAUAUGCCCGCUGGAUAGCUUUCACUGGAAGCUUAGCCCAACUGUGAAACGGUGCCUUAAUGGUGGGGAUGACUGCAUGAAAAAACUCAAAACCUGAGGGCUUUAAAAUUGCCUUGAAUUAUGACAUACCACUAAAGGUAGUGUGAAUGCUAACUAGAAAAUGCAAGUUUGUGGUUUCCAUAGGCAUAAAUAAUUCUGUGGCAUCUGUGACACCUAAUGGUAUCUACUAUGAAUGAGAUUUAACCUUGUUUUGGGGAAGGGAAUAAUAUAAAAAAGCGCUCAGCUACAAAAAAAGUACUUCACCGAGGCACUUGUACAAUCAAACCCAUCCUUCUGACAACUUUGCUACACAGCAUAUUAAAGUAACAGUGCAGCUCUUGCAGACAAUGGAGCUAUUGAAAUGGUGUAUCUGUUGUGAUUGACUUCAGUUUAUUUUCUGGUGAAAGAUUAAAAUGUCAGACAAGAGUAUUACUGAAUAUUCCAUCCCAAGAUUUCCAGUACCCUUGUUUGUAUAUACAUAUUUCAUGUAUGUCUAAUGUAUGCAGGGAGGGUUUAAACUGAAAAUGUCAUAUAAAAUUAAGAUGUUUACAGUAAGCUGAAGUCAAAGCUCUAGAGUAAAAUGGGGUUUUGGAGUACUGUACAUCAACAGUUAAUAUCACAAUAUACUUACAAAGGGUUUUUUUCCUUAAUUCAGAGCUUGUAUUUUGGGCUUUACAUAUUGUAAUAUUUUAAAAUAUCUCCAGUUGUAACAUCCCUGCAUCUUCAGUUUUCUACAACUGUGAUGGUUAGUUCAGCCGAAAAGCCUGGUACUCUAAAGCUGUUUUCUUUUUCUAUAGAUCUCUUUAGGCUUGCAACAGAUGCAUUAUUGGAAGACUAAAUAUAGAAGGACACUUUCAUUUCAGCACUUGCCUUUUUGUUAUAUGAUGUUUAAUAAUGAAACACACUGAUAUUUUCUCUUGCAAGUCAGUUAUUUGUACUUCUAUUAAGAUACAAUCUCUGCAUCACUGAAAUUCUAAAAUUCAACAUCUUGGGUAGUCAGCUUCAACACAUACAACUGUGACCUUUUUAUUCCAGUUAAUGACAAUGGGAAAUACUGUGGCUUGUUGCUUAACUUGUAAGAGGAGAGACUUAAAAACCCCAAAAUGAAAGGGAGGAAAAGUUCUGUAUUUUUCAUUUUUCAAAAAGUUGAUGUGACUUCUGUUUUUCAUUAGAUGGCCACAAAAAUUAGUAACCUACUUGUAGAUCAGUAUUAGGAAACCAUGUGGAGUCAAUCUGGAAUACCGUGAACAGGUCCCUCCUGUGGAAUGCCAGCGCUAUAAGAUGAAAACAUGUAGAAGGGGGUAGGGAAAACAUAGUUGUAUUACAUCUCUUCUGCAAGCAGUUUCAAGACUCACCAGCUUCGCACAGGCUGCUAGCUGAUAUUCUUCCCACAGAACUUUCUGAACACAACAUAGGAUGUACUAUCCUAGACAGGCAGGGAAGUCUGCUGGGACUGCCAAAGGCAGCUCUGGGACUCUGGCAGCUCCAUUCCCUUUGAAUGCAAGGGUUCUAGAGUAAAUCAUCUAAAGGCAAAGGAAUCCUCUUGCUCAGUCCUUUCCUUGCAACUCUGAUAGCAGCAAGGAGAGCCUGGUAAGAGGGUCACUCUUUCCCAGUUCAUGCUGGAAUUUACGUGGCAAUGUGUAGUUCAUAUUUUUCAUGGAAUUUCUGCUUGUAAUCUUGUUAUCUUGGGUGCCUUCAGAUUUUUUCAACCAUGUACUUACAAAUAUGAAUUACUGCUGAGAGCAGUAUUGUCUGUCUUGGUUAGCUAUGGGACACAUGAAGGACAAAGGUUUGAUCUGUCAAUUCUCUUUCCCGUAUACACUUCUGAAGGGAAACAUCUGAGAGAGUAUUUACUAGCACAGUGUUUGCAUCCUUCCCCAGCUGGGUGACUUUACUACACAGAAACUUGUCUUUCUGGUUUCUCUACAAAACAGCUUUGUAGAGAGGAGAGAUGUUUCCUUCUUCCAGGUAAUAUUGUGUGAGUGACAUAAGUCUUCUAAAGGCAAAUGCGAAAGUUUACCUUCAGUUUCUGUAGAGUUUUUCAAGAAUCACAGUAUUCUUUCUGGUGUGAUUGGUAAACUUUGGGCAUAGUUUCAUCAAAACUAGCACUGAUGUUUGAGUCCUGUUUAGUACCAAAUUCAUACAAUGUAAUGGAGAUUAGAUUCCUUCUUCGUGUUCAUUCCUUGGCUGUUGCAGGAAUUCACAGAGUUCCCCCAAGAUCUGUUUACAUCAUACACAGAUUUUGGUCUCUUAACAUCUGCUACAACUAGAAAUGGAAUUAAUUCUGUGUCUGUUACCACUGAAUGAGAUGCUUCUCUGAGAUGUGUCAAGGGAGGGGAUGCUGGACAGAAAAAUAUUUCUGCCUUACCAGAUAGUCUGUUACUGUUUUGCCAGAGGAUUUCAGUGUUGAUGAGUAUGAUGGCCUUGGGUUUUGGAAUGCAAGUAAAAAUGGGGCAGAGUAAUCACAUUUUUAAUUAACCGCAGCUAUCAUGUAAAUGUCUAUCCCUGGUGUUCCCCAGUGAUAAAGUGCUGCUUGAGUUACUAAAGAUUUGUGCCAGGUGCUGCUUUCUAUGUUACCCAUCUCUAAAGAGACAAGCAGGUAUUACGAUGAAUCCUCUAAAGACUAGACCAUAGCUUUUUCCUUCUUUUAAUAUGCUGUAUCCUGGAUUUUUGAAGUUGUCGUUGGAUGCUCAAAAUUAUUUCAAGCUAAAGAAUUACAGGAACUAGAUCUUUUUGUGACAGCCACCAUCCAGAAGCAGUCUAGAAAUUGUGUUUUGUUACCUAAAUAUUUUUGUUAGUAGAAAUUGUAGUCAUUAAGUAUCUUUUCUGCAAAUUUUCCUACCCAAGGAAGAAUUUUAAAUCAAAAGCAACUACUCUUGAG